AUGUUUAGAUUGAGCAGUUUUUUACGAUUUAUUGGGAAAGAAAUUGCCGUGCCCGCAUCUGUUGAUCUUGCGCUCCUGCGUAAAAUUCUUUGCCCGACGAUUCAGCCUUCGGAGCUUGUUUCUUUUGCUCCCGAAGCAGCAGUUCUUGUGCGAAGAAUGAAUGUCCCUCAGGCGGUAAACAUUCUUGAGCUUUUCUCACGAAACGGUGUGCGUCACGAGGAUCUGAUGUUGGCCGGCUUCUGGAACGUGUUCAAAGCUGAACGGCCAUUGCUCUCUGGGAAUGAGGCGGCUGGGUUGAUGCAGGAUUUUGCUGCUUGCACGGCGACAUGUUUCCGACUGGUGUUUCAGGAGGGAUUUGUGCAUGACCCGCAAUUAUUGGCCAUUGCAUUUGGAAGAUGUGUUGAAUGUGCUCCCCAUUUGCCCUUUCGUGGGAUCGUCGACGCCUACGAGGGCAUUCAACUUUUUGGUCGCAGGUACUUUAGCCUCGCCGAGGUGGCGUUGUACUCGGGCGGGGCAGAUGAUGAUCCACAGGCACUAGACUCUAUCAAGGAGCCUUCAUCCUCUACCGUCCUGUCUAGCCAGCCCAAUCUUGUGGAUGUUCUUUGUGGGGAGCUGGAAUCUCGGUUGCGGUUGGUGGUAGAUGAACGGUGCGAACAAGACACCUCCUAUGUGGUGCGGUUAUUGCAGGCGUUGUCCGCUGUGGGAAUUAUGGAUGCCAAUGUCUUCUUGUCUAUCCGAAAGGUGAUUGAAUUCACGAAAAUAACUACUAAAACUUUUUUGGACAUAUUAAUAAGCGUCCAUGGAAUUCAUACCCGCGUCAUUGAUGUUUUGGAUCACGAGGGAGAUGAUGAGUGGCUGCGUUCUGAGCGUUCGACACUGGUGAGGGUGCUAACCGACAAACUUCUUGCACGGAACCUCUUUAUUGAUCGUCGCCGAUGCGACCCGCAGUUCGUCUUGAGAUUGCGGCAGCUAUUUGAAGUGUAUCCCGCCCUGGCCGAUGACGCACCGCGUCUGUGGGACGCCGUCCGUGUGGUCCGUGUGGCACACAAGCACGCGACGCGUCCGAACGAGAAGAAACAUCGUCUCGGGGGCGCCCUGUUUAAGAGUGAGUAUGCCGUGAAGGUGAAGCCUAUCAUCCCCGAUCGGUCAGAAGCCGAGCGGUUUGUUCCACCCCAGUUUAAGAAUUGGAGUAGUCCCGCGGUGAAAAAUUUUCGUCAUCAGGGACCGGCAACACCGCAGAAGAUGGGCUUUGGCACGCGCCGGAUAUCGAAGAACUACAUCAAGGAAAAACGGAGGAAGUUUGCCCCUGCUGUCUGGUGA